UUGAUCAGCACAGUCUAACCACAGAAAUAUCUUAGUGUCACUCAAAUGAAAACUCGACUGCAAAAGUCUGCUAAGCAUACUCAGUUUGAAAGACAUCUGAAAUGUCCCUUCUCAGAGCUUCUAUAAUAACUGACCAGGAGAAAAUAGCAUAGCACCAAGUCCCCUGGCACUGCGCUAUCAGGCAACAUUGAGACCCACAAACGUAAGGGACAUCAACGAUCAAGGAAAGAUUCCUCUGUAUAACCAUACCUUAACCUCACGAGAAAUGACUGUUUCACGCAUCAUCGCUUUGAAAAUUCCACACGCAGGAGUGAACAUUAAAAUGCAGCUGACUUUUGAAACUGCACUGAAAUAGGAAUGAUGUAGUUAAAGGGAAAGUCCCCUAGGUCGGUAUAUAGUUAGCGCCACGCAAUCCCUCCCAAGUUCAGAACCAAGCUGGGAAUGGAAAGGCACUGUAGUGAGGAGCUACCAUCACAAAGUCUCGAAGCUGAGGAUCAGGGUAACUUCGCACUCGCUGAGAGAGUAAUAAUGCUGAUUGAAUAUCUUUCCCACGAUACAUUCGAACAAGUUCGUGCCACCUUAGAGGAUGGACUGGGAACUGACUACAAAGCUCUAAUGACGAAGGGGCUUCCCGGACUUUAUUCGGACGAUGAGGUAAUGAAGACUGAAAGAACCAGGAACCCAGCCAGGACACUACUCCGCGAUCUCAUCAAUCGGCAAUUAACGGUGGCGAAGCUUCUAGGAGGCUUGAGAGCUAUUGGAAACAAGAAGGCCAUCAAUUUAAUCUUGAAGGAUGUCAAGGAGAGAGGGAUAACUCUCAACUUGCCGUCCAUGUUUUCAAAGGAUUAUCGCUCUUCAUCAUACCACUCCACGGGGCAGCCACAAGAGCACAAAGAUGCUACAGUAUUCACAUUAGUCCGCAGUACCUCAGACUCACCGAACCCUACCCGGGAACAAGCUAAAACAUGGAGAGCUCCUGUCCAGGAAUCAGUGUUCAAUCCUUUGCACUAGAGUAAUGAAGAUUCCGUCAUCGUGAAAGGAUGGCAUGAAAACAUGUACGGUAGUGAAAAACGUAUUAAACUGAUACGACUGUCACCACUUAAAUUUUGGUGAAAAUAGUAAUAACAUGUUUUAGAGGCAACGUUUUAAGAUAGUGUAACAAUAGGAUUUUAAGCUAUCAAGUUUUUAUGCUAGUGCUAAAAAUAUGUAAAAUUCAAUGUAGAAACUAUGAGAUCUUGCUUAGCUCAGCAAAGCGUAAAUGCUACCAGCUCCCAGUCGCUCAGCCGUAAACAGUUGUUAUUAGAUCAUUACUGUAAUUAGUGUUAAACUGGAACCGUCACCUAUCAUGGCCUUUUGAGUAGUUUUUAUACACCGGAAGCUUUUCGAAAGUGAUUAAUCUUGUAAAAGGCGAAACUCCUGCCUAGCCAAUCGUUGUAGUAGAUUAAGCGAUCUUUAAAUAAAUCGUGGCAUUACCUAAUCCUUUGUGCCUUAUGCUUAAAUAGAGCUGUUCUCUAGAGUUUUCUUUGGGUCAAACCAGGUCGAGCCAGUUCUAGCCAGGACAAACUCAGUUUGGUCAGGCCAGGUUAGGGCCAAAUCAGUUCAGUAGUGCUUACAGAAUAAAUCUAUGUUGGAGCCAACCGUG